UAGGUGACCCCGACGGGUGGAGAUAUUGUGGCAAUGAUAUGAAUAUAGUUGAGAGAGACCAGAGCGCCAACUUUAUCAUUUUCGUAAGGAGCGAUAUCAAUGACACGGACAAGUCCUUCAAGCUUCGAUUCCAAGAAGAGUUCCGUCCGGUGCUAGACGCCGAUAUUAACGGGUCUUUCGACUGCCAUUAUGGAUGCUCACAAUCCCGCGUAUGGCCAGAAGUCUCGUGGUCAUGCUUCAAAAUCAAAGAAGUCAAAAAAGCAGAAGAGUAUAGCUGGAAACAACCAACCAUCCAUGUCCAGUGGAACGCAGAAACCGGCCGCCAAAUCGUCCACGUAUUUGGUUUCAAUCCAGAUCGACAGAGCGUCUUCAUGGAUAAACUCCCGACGGCGGCCGAGCGCAAGUGUAACCCGUUCUCCUUACACGCUGCAUUCUCCCGGAUCAUUCUCGAACAGUAUAACGAUGCGUUUUGGUUGUUGAGAGACCUGGUGCGGCACCACGAAAAGGCACGAUCAAAGGAGAAGAAGGCGAAGAGGAAGAAAAGCAAGGCCGAAAAAGAACAUGAAAGGAAGAUAUUCCCCCUUCUCCACGAUAUCGCACGGCAUCUCUUCCACUACCAAGAAACGAUCGAAGUCGCCGAGCACACGCUGCAGGUGAUGGCCAAGGAACUUCUCAAUUGGCGUCACGAAGACGGAAGCAACAUCCAACAGAACAUAGGGACCUGGCUGGAGGCGCGUCGACGGAUCCUCCACGAGGAGAAACGGGCGCACUCACUCAAGACGCGGUCGAAGUCUCUGAACGAUAGGCAUCAGAACGAGAUCAACCUGGCAUUUAACCUGGUAUCGCAAGACUUCGGGCGAGACGCACGAUCCGACAGCAACAUGAUGACGACGGUCGCGUUUGUGAGUAUGGUGUAUCUGCCUGGGACGUUUGUGUCUGGCCUGUUCGGGACCAAUUUCUUCAGCUUCCAGGCUGACCCCGGUAAUACGUGGCUCACGGCCGAUGAGUUCUGGAUGUACUGGGCUGUUACGAUCCCUCUGACACUGCUUACUCUGGGGGUCUGGGGAGUUUGGCACUGGUGGGAUACGUAUGUUGGCUGGGUGCAGAAGAUGCGCGACAAGAAGGCCAAAAGCACCAAGCCGGACGAAAAGGAUGCGACGGCCGACCGGAAUCCGGAACCUUUCAAUUUGCGACGGCGUAUACUUACAGCUACGAGAUUGAACGAGAUACAGCGGAAAGAGACGGUGUGAGCGCCGGGAGAAUGCAGCAGCUUCGAAGGGAAACGAUGUGAAUGGAUAUUGAUGACUAUAUAUGAGUAACGAACACGUAAUGACGCUAUGCAAUCAA